CCCGUGCGCAUCGGUCGUCCUUACAGAGCGAGUCCACGUCGCGUUGUGUUACGAAAAACAUCUUUUGUACCAAAACCCAAGUGCUGUGGAUUACAAUUCAGUGGUCGUGUGCGAUUGUGUUUCCCUGAUGUGAUGUUCCGACAUGUUUUAGUGGAUUUCUCAUAAGAGUGAGACGGGUUCUGCUUGCCGUCGGACGCUUCUCCGAUCUCGGGAUAUCAUUAAGAUGCUGCCACAAGAUGAUCCGGCGAUUUGACCAGAACAAAACACCCAUUCAAUAGCACCAACCGCCACUGUCAACAUGACGUGGAAACACCACACUGAACCACUGGAAAAGACAAUUUCUAGUAAAAGAAAGAGCUUGCAAGAUCUCAAACCUUUAUUAGAAGACAGAGGAGGUAUAACAACUAGAAAUGAGGAUACGGGUGAAGUUAGCAAUAAUAGUGAUAACGGAGUAGAAAAUAAUAGUUUUGCAACUGUUAGUGAUAAUAUUACUGUGAAGUGUAAUAGUAGGUUUGGGAGUGGACGGUGGUGCUUUAGGUUUAAAACUUUAGUGUUUAUAUUAAUGGUGACAGUCUUGGAGACGAGACUGUUGGCGGAGGCGAGGAGUUCAGAGCCAAGAUAUGAAACAGCGUAUGCGUGCGAAGGCAAGACUUUGAAGAUCGGCUGCAGCGAAGGCUCGGUCAUACAUUUAAUAAGGGCGAACUACGGAAGGUUCUCUAUCACCAUCUGCAACGAUCAUGGCAACACCGACUGGAGCGUCAACUGUAUGUCGACGAGGAGUUUGCGGGUUUUACAUAGCAGGUGUAGCAUGCAUCAGAACUGCAGCAUAUUGGCGAGCACAAACAUGUUUGGCGACCCCUGUCCGAACACGCUCAAAUAUCUUGAGGCGCAUUACCAGUGUGUGCCAGCAUCAACCACCAGUACAACAAACAGACCGUCGCCUCCUUGGCUCAUCACAUCUCAGCCCACAGUCUGGAGGUCUACCGCUCCUCCAGUGCCGAAGAGUCCUGUCCAAACCCAACAGGGAGAGAGGAAGAAGCCAACAGUCAUCACGCCACCAACCUUUAGACCUCAUAUCACCUUGCCGCCGGAGGUGAAACUUGGUGAUGUGGGUACUAAGGCUACAACAAGACAACCAGACACGUCAUCAGAACGGGAUCCCCCGCAAAUCCCUCGGGAUAACCUUCCUGAAGUAAAGGAAGAACCAAAGACAGCAGAUCCUGACAAUAGCCCCAGGAAUGACAAGCCUAACAAAGAUGAUGAUAUUGCAGUUACAGAAGAAACUUUACACUGGCCUGCUAAAGAUGAAGACUCCGACGCCACUUCACCAGAACACUUACCUCCGAAAGAGACCAGACCCAACACAGACAUGGAAGAUGACAUCGAAAAGAUAUUCUCAACAAGUUCCACAGUGAACCUUGGCAGAAGAGCGUACUGCCCCCAAGUGUCAGCUAGAGGUCUACAUUGGAACUGGACUGUGGUCAACACGUAUGCAGUCCAGCCUUGCCCGGGGGGAGCCAGUGGCUUGGCUAAAUGGAAAUGCACAUUGACACCGUACCAGAACAGUGAUGAAGAACGUUCUAGAAAGCGAAGCAACCUCCAGUCUGGCGAGAACUAUCACGACUUGGGGCUGGACCAGGCUAACGAUAGGCUCAUUUCUAGAUUGGGCUCUGAUGCUCUACUAAAAGGUCGUGAUGGUGACACGGCUGACCAUAUCAUCGACUACCGGGGAGGUUUAUCAGAGGUCCAGACCAAUCAACAUCCGACUAAUGAUAUUUAUGUGGACGCAAUACCAGAAUGGCACGGAGCUACGCCCGACCUCAGCGAGUGUCGGUCUGUAUGGCUGAACAGUCUGGAAGCCAGGGUCAAAGAGGGAGAGUCACUUCUCAGCAUCAGCAACGAUUUGGCUCAGGUGACAUCUUCGAAGACCUUGUACGGCGGAGACAUGAUGAUCACGACGAGCAUCAUGAAGAAGCUAGCCCAGGGAAUGUCCAGGGACGUGAAGACUUUCCCUGAUGCUAGGCAGAGGGAGGCAUUAGUUGCUGAUAUGCUGCUUGGAGUUAUCAAGACGGGAUCGAAUCUUCUAGAAGAGAACCAGCGCGCGUCGUGGGCGGACCUGAGCGCCGAAGCGCAGAACCGCGCCGCGAGCGCGUUACUAACGCAACUGGAAGAGAACGCUUUCCUAUUGGCUGACGCUAUUUCUGAGGAGAAGAAUAUUUUACAAACUGUUAAGAAUAUUUGUCUAUCUGUCAGGGUGUUGGAAGUAAAGAACGUGGAAGACGAGACGUUCCCAUCGGUGACUGCGCAGGAGCAGUGGAAGGGUUCGGAAGAUUCUAUCACAAUUCCCAAGGCUGCUUUACAUGAAAAUCGUCAAGAUGGUCUGGUGAGGAUAGUGUUCUUCGCCUUCAAUCGUCUGGAACAGAUCCUGCCACCGACCUUCGGCAAGAGUCCGCAGUACGCCGCCUUCGCUGCCGACCCCGCUGCCUCUUCCUCCACCAGCCUCAACUCGGAGAAGGAGAAGAGGAAUGUCACCAGGGUUCUGAAUUCUAAGGUGAUUUCAGCGAGUUUGGGCAACGGUCGUCACAUCCAACUGACGCAGAUGGUCAAGCUGACGAUGAAGCACCUAAAAACUGAGAACGUCACCAACCCGGCCUGCGUUUUCUGGGACUACACAUUGCACGGCUGGUCUCCCGAAGGUUGCCAAGUGGAGUGGUCCAACCUCACCCACACCGGAUGCGCGUGCUCCCACCUCACCAACUUCGCGAUCCUCAUGGACGUCCAGGGGGUCCCGCUGGACGCCCAUCACCAGCUAGCGCUGAGGCUCAUCACCUUGGUCGGGUGUGCUGUGUCAGCCAUAGCGCUGUUCGCGGCGAUCAUUGUGUUCCAGUGUUUUAAGAAUAUGAAGUCGGACCGUGUCCUGAUACACAAGAACCUGUGCGUAUGUCUGCUGAUAGCAGAAGUGGUCUUCAUGGUGGGCAUCGACCAGACGCAGGACAGGAUCCUGUGCGGAGUCAUCGCCGCUGUGCUGCACUACUUCUUCUUGGCAGCCUUCGCUUGGAUGUUUCUAGAAGGCUUCCACCUGUACGCGAUGCUGGUGGAGGUGUUCGAGCCGGAGCGGCCGCGCGCGCGCUGGUACUGCGCCGGCGCGUACGCCGCGCCCGCGCUCGUGGUGGCCAGCUCCGCCGCCGCCUUCCCCGCCGGCUACGGCACCGCGCGCCACUGCUGGCUCUCCACCGACAGGAUGUUCCUCAUGAGCUUCGUGGGGCCGGUGGGGCUGGUGCUAGCUGCAAACUGGAUCUGUCUCGGCAUGGUUAUCUUCAUGAUGUGCAGACAUUCAACAGUAUCAAUUAAGGCAAAAGACAAUACUAGGUUAUACAAAAUAAGGGUCUGGCUCCACACCUCAAUAAUCCUGGCGUUCCUUCUCGGCCUGACGUGGACAUUCGGCCUUUUGUACCUCAACGAGCAGUCCAUAGGCGUGGCCUACACAUUCACCAUCUUGAACUCGCUGCAAGGCGUCUUCAUUUUCAUCUUCCACUGCCUGCAGAAUGAGAUCUUCCAAAAGGAAUGCGGCCGCCUCGCCCGCCGCCACCGCUGGCUGUGGUGCUGCGCCGCGUGCUCGGCGCCGCCCGCCGCCGACGCGCGGCCCGGCUCCGUGAAGCGCCGCUACCAUGCGCCCGCGCCGCCCGACUCCGACGACGUGGGCGACGCCCGCGACGUCACCACGAGCUACAACAUCCAACCGGAGUCUUCGAGGUGGAAUAUACGACCUACAGCACCAAUUUACGUGCCAAACGACGAAUCGAGAUCUGUUCGCAUACCAACGCCGCAAAACAUACCACACAGCGCUUCGCAUACCCAAAGCAUUGCGUCAAUGCAUAGCUACAGAAACAAUAUUGACGUUCCGAACGAUUACCAGAACCUCCGAUCUCGGUCGCCAUCUUGUUUCUCCAACAAAAUGGCGGCGUCAAUUGGCGCGAACGAGUGGGCGCUUAUCAAUAACGGUGGUGGGAUAUGGAAGAACACUUCUUCUAAGCAUCACUCGACCAACUCCUCUACGCUGCCUCACCACGACACCCUGUCAAGGCAGAUGGCAGCACAGCAAAAUCAUCUACACGCUCCUUACAACGAAUGCGAAGGAGCCUUACCCCCUGGUUCCCCCCGGCAUAUCAUAAAAGACGAGGAAAGUCCCCUCCAUCAUCAAGGAUACCAAACGACGCGAAGCUACAACCACGACUUCAGAAACCCGCACGUCUUCAUCUCCCAACACUCCCCUGGCAGUCAAGAGAUGAUCUUUAGGAAGCAUUAUAAAGAAGAAGGAAGACGUAAGCACCAUCAUCACCAUGGAAGCCAGAACAUCAACCACACGUACUCCGAGAUCGGAUCACAACAAGGUCGGAUCUACAGACGCGGUUCCGAACAGGAGUUUCGCGUGAUACAAGAUGACCCUGUGUACGAGGAAAUAGAGAGAAACGAAACGCUCAUGUCUGAUAUGUCUGAUGACAACUCAGGGCCUGAUAACUGCCGACAGAAUCCAGGUCUGCACGGCUCGUCCGGCUCCAAGUUUUUUGGUGAUCAUCGUCCGCUUAUUUCCUAUAGUCCUGGUGAAAGGCACUUACACGAACAGGAGUUAUACGGGAAAUAUGGCAAAUGGGAUACUGCUGAGCGUUACGAUCCGAGGCAUUAUGAUAGUGGGAGACUGGUACACCCAUACCAUCAGCCACAGGAAAGCAAUAUGAGGGCUUUGGCAGCUGUUCUCAACGGGGAAAAUAACGUCGUUUGUCACCUUGAGCCCCAUAACGCUUACGAUGUCUACCAAUCGCAAAGUGGCAACCCUAGGACUGUAUCCCAACCCAGUUUCUAAGCAACCUUGUCACACUCAAUUUACCAGUGCUGCUCUCUCUCACGACCGCUAAGAAUAACAUUGUGAUUAAUGCGACAGAGUUCUUACACGUGUUUUAUGUGUUUCAAUUUGAGUGUUAGUGAGUUUUAUAGACUCGAACGAACGUGUACAGUUAUAGCGAAUGAAUUUUUCUAUGGACGUAGCCUUAGUACGUCUUAGUGACACGAUAAUUAAGAAAUCGUUUACAGUAGGACCUUGCCAUAACGUGGACUUUAAUGACAUAUUUAUAGCAUAGCGUAAACGUAAAUUUAAAUCACUUUUUCCACUGUGAUCCUAUUUAAAUAUAACGGCUCAAGUUUUAGUGUUGCGGCCACAUAUAUUUCAAUUUAUAUAUGGCGGUAUUGGAGCGUUUAUACAUGUGCUUACAGCUAAUAUUAUUCUAUCGUGACAUCUCCACAUGUGUAGACGCCCUUAUUCUGACUAAAAAUCCUGAGAAUUUGUGUUGAGAACAAUACAAAAAGAUAUAAAGUAUGUUAGUUCACAAUGCAGUUUAUGGUAUAGUGAUUAUGAAAGUAUGUUUUCCGUUUCAGUCAAGUUCUAAGGUUUAUUAGUCAGGAGCAACAAUGUAUAUAAGAAUAGCGUUUAGUACUAGACUUUUAGUACUUCCGGUGUGCCCUUACUAUCUUUCAGCAAUUAGUAAUUCAUGGCGUUUCUAUAUAUUUGCAUUCUCUCUUAAGUAGGUGUAAAAAUCUGUGAUGUUCAUUUGUAUGCAUUAGUAUAAGUUUUGCUUGUCUGAAAAUCACUGCCGGUACAUAUGUGCUAUAUGCACAAUUAUUAAAUUUGAGUUCAAUUUGAUAUACUGUUUUAUGUACAAAACCCAGUACAAUAUGCUUUAAGACUGUGUACUCUAACGGUCAUUAUUAUUUACUUUUUAAUAUUUUUCAAUAAUGUUAAAGUAACUUUUUAUAGCAAUUUUCAAGUUUUUUAUGGCAACAUUUAUGCAAACACUCUUUAGUUAUACUUUUAACGUGUCACAGCUUUUGUAUUAUUUAAUUUUCUAAGGAAUUUCGGAAAAAGUCCAUCCAACCUAUUAUAGACUGACACCACUUAAUGUUGUGCACUUUUCUGUACAUUAGAGACUUAGUGUUAAACUUACUUAAAGAAUAUAAACAAAAUAACAAAAAAUAUUUUAUAAUUUCUACGUAAAGUAGGGACUAUAAUUUUUAAUGCCAUGAAACCGUUUUUUUUAUGUACAAUAAUAAUAAGGAAUUGUUUUAACAGAAUUGAUGCAAGUACAAUAAAAAAGAAAAAACGUUGAACCAUUAUAAUUUUCAUGUAUAUUUUGAAUCGACUAAGCAAUAUAUUUAGACUGAAGUAUUUUUAUAAAUUUUCGGCCACUUUUAUUAUUAAUAACAGGAUUUUUAAAUAUCGUUUGCGUCGGCCAGAAUUUAUGAAAUACUUUAAUUAUAAUGGGACGAGAAACAUGAUGAAAAAUGUGGGGAAAUUAUUAUUUUUUCUAUUUGGGUAUACUAGUCCAUCUGUUUCCCACUGUCUAAUUAUAAUGUAAGUGUAAAUUACGUCAUGUGUAUUUCUGUUGUAUACAUAUUAUAUUUUUUGUUUUGAUUGUAUUUUAAAAACGUUGACAUUAAUGUAAAGUAGGAGGAAAAAAAAUGUGUAAAUAAUUUAAAGUUUAUAUAAAUAAAGAGUGCUCAUUCUCAGAGGAUGGCCACAAAAUAAA